UUCCGUAGUCCAGUGACAACACGGCAGAAGCCCUUUGGUCUGAGCAGCUAGCUCGGCUGAUAAGCAGCAGUGGAGCUUGUAAAUGCGUACGGACAAGUUGAGAUACACAAAGCGUACGAUCUUGAACACCUGUAGAGGAAGAUGAGGCUGAAGGAAAUCCAGAGGACUGCCCACCAGGCGUGGAGUCCUGCUGGACACCAUCCCAUCCGCCUGGCCUUAGGAACGUCAGCACAACAGCUUGAUGCUUCCUUCAACACUACAGCUGCCAUAGAGAUAUUUGAGAUGGAUUUUGCUGACCCCUCUCUGGAGAUGCACCUCAAAGGAUCAUUACCCACUACUAACAGGUUGCAUAGUAUUGUAUGGGUAAAUUUCGGAAUGGGAGCUGAUUGUACAGGAGGGAGACUCGUUGGUGGGAGUGAAAAUGGCUCGCUGACUGUGUAUAACCCAGAGGCCAUAAUUAGUUCUGGAGCAGAUGCGGUGGUUGGACAGUCUGAUAAACACACAGGACCUGUCAGAGCACUCGAUUUCAACCCGUUUCAGAGUAAUCUUCUUGCAUCUGGAGCAAUCGAUUCAGAGAUAUACAUCUGGGACCUAAACAACUUAAGCAGCCCAAUGACACCAGGAACAAAAACACAGCCUGCUGAAGACAUCAGUGUUGUGUCCUGGAACCGGCAAGUCCAACACAUCCUGGCUUCUGCCAACCCCAGUGGGAAAGCAGUCGUGUGGGACCUGAGGAAGAAUGAGCCGAUUAUAAAGAUCAGUGAUCACAGCAACAGGAUGCACUGCUCAGGAAUGCUCUGGCACCCUGAUGUAGCCACUCAGCUGGUGCUAGCCUCUGAAGAUGACCGACUGCCGGUCAUCCAGAUGUGGGACCUCCGUUUUGCUACAUCGCCUCUUAAAGUCCUCGAGAAACACACAAGGGGGAUUCUGUCCAUAUCUUGGAGCCAAGCUGACUCUGAGCUUUUGCUGAGUAGUGCCAAAGACAACAGGAUCCUCUGCUGGAAUCCUAACACUGGAGAGGUCAUUUAUGAGCUUCCAACAACCAACCAGUGGUGUUUUGAUGUCCAGUGGUGCCCCAGGAAUCCAGCCCUUCUUUCGACCGCGUCAUUUGAUGGGAGGAUCACGGUUUAUUCUGUGAUGGGAGGAAGUCUGAAAGCUCAGCAGCAAAGCACAGUUGAUAAGAUCUCAUCCUCGUUUGACACCAUGGAUCCCUUUGGUACAGGACAGGUACUGCCUCCUCUACAGGUCCCUCAGCCCACUGCGCAGGACACCAUAGUUCCUCCCCUGAAGAAGCCACCUAAAUGGGUGCGCAGGCCAGUUGGAGCUUCCUUUGCCUUUGGUGGAAAGCUGAUAACCUUUGAGAACACAAAGGUGCCUCCCAUGCAGAGCCCACAACCCAUCCCCAGGCAAGUGUUUAUAAGCCAGGUUUCCACGGAGACAGAGUUUCUUCAGCGCUCCAGGGAACUUCAGGCGACGCUGCAAUCGGGUUCUUUCAACAGCUAUUGCCAGGCCAAGAUUCAGAACGCCAAGUCCGAUGCAGAACAGGACAUAUGGAAGUUCCUUCUGGUGAACUUUGAAGAUGAGGCGCGCAUAAAGUUCCUUAAACUUUUAGGUUUCAGCAAAGACGAAUUGGAUAGAAAGAUUUCUAAAUGUUUGGGGAAGAAUUUUCAAUCCAAUGGGUUUGGAGUCGAUGCCAAAGACCUUGCAGAGAAGAUGCAGCGGCUCACCACUGAGCGGUCCGAUGACACAGCAGCUGAUGCUCGAACUUCAGGCUCCGUUUCCCCCUCGGACUUCUUUAGCCCAAAGAAAAGCACCCACUUCCAAAUCCCUGUGUCAUGUGACACGGACGGUUUGAUAAGCCAGGCGCUGCUGGUUGGUAACUUUGAGGGAGCCGUGGAUCUGUGUCUGAACGACUGUCGCUACGCUGAAGCCAUUCUGCUCUCCAUCAGUGGAGGGGAAGAGCUUCUGAAGAAGACCCAGCAGAAAUACCUCAGCAAGCAGAAGAACAGCAUCUCCAUGCUCAUUUCAUCGGUGGUGACUCAAAACUGGAGGGACAUCGUUGAAAGUUGUGAGUUGGACAACUGGAAGGAAGCUCUUGCCGCUCUGCUGACCUACGCUCAUCCUGAAGACUUUGCUGGUUUAUGUGACACUCUUGGAAGACGGUUAGAACAUGAGAGUACAGAAAAGCGCUGCCUGCAGGCCUGUUUGUGCUACAUCUGCUCUGGAAACGUUGAAAAGUUGGUGGAGUGUUGGGCCUUGCACAGAGACUGCUCCUCCCCUCUGGGGCUAGAGGAUCUGGUUGAAAAAGUAAUGUUGCUGCGAAAGUCAAUCGAGCGCCUUCGCAACAGCGAGGUAGCCGUCCAGAGCCCCGUCCUGGCUGAGAAGCUAACCUGCUAUGCUAGCAUCCUGGCUGCAGAGGGCAGCUUAUCCACUGCCAUGGCCUACCUGCCUGACAACUCAUACCAACCGGAGAUCACGAUGCUGAAAGACAGGCUGCUCCAUGCUCAGGCUGAGGCCGCUGUCCAGCAGCAGCCUCCAAACUCCAACAGAAUUGCCAUGCCAGCGGCUAAUAAAACUCAGUGCCAGCCCUCUGCUCCAGCUCCGGUGGCUCCACCACAGCAGCCUCGUUUACCAUCAGCUUUUCCUCCUCAGCCCUCUCCACCCAACCCAGGGCCCGGUCUGCCCCCGUCCUCUCAUGUGAUGCCGCCCAGUUCAACCCGUCCUGCCGUAAGACCUUCCUACCCACAACACCCCUCUGUGGCUCCAGGUUUUUCUUGUCAUCAGCCGUUCCAGCCUCAGCCUGUAUCUGCAGCCGGGCCCUUCUCACCCACUGGGCCUUCAGUACCAGCUGCCAAUUUAUCAGGACCUCAACUGCCACCUUCAUUAUCAAACCCUGGAGGCAUGCCCCCCAUGCCCAGUCCCGGGGUGCCACCAACAGGCUUUCUGCCAUCUACCUCUUUACCUUCAGGCAUCAUGCCACCCAGCUCCCAACCAGGGGCUCCAGUUUCAAUGUACCAAGGAGGUUUUCCAAACCAGGGGUGUGCUCCUCCAGUGGCGUCCGGCCCCUUUGUUCCUUUUGGAUCAGGGUACCCCCUCGGAGGUCCCGGAGCCCCUGCUGUAAAUCCCUUCCCAUCCUCUGGUGUUGCUCCUCCUCCUUCAGGACUUCAAGAGGGUUGGAAUGACCCACCAACAGUAAGGGGUGGACCCAGGAAAAAGAAGAUGCCUGACAACUACACUCCACCUGCCCCCAUCACAGCUCCUGUCAUGGGUUUUCCAGCGGAGGCUCCACAGCCCCCCAGCCACACCCAGGUCCCGCCCGGAGCCCCCCAGGAGCCCAGCGUACAGGUUUGUCUCCAACAACGGGCUGCUAUCUUAGAUUUCAACAGUAAAGCAUACCGUGGGAAUGGUGUGAUACUGUAUUUGUGUACUUGUGUUUACCAGCUCCUCCAGCAGCUACCAGCAGAGAGAGUGGAGCAGAGAGAAAUCCCAGCUGAGCACAUGAUCCUCAAAACCACCUUUGAUAGCCUGGUGCAGCGCUGCCAGCUCGCAGCAGGAGAUCCGCAAACAAAAAGGAAGCUCGAUGAUGCUGGAAAGCGUUUGGGUCAUCUGUAUGACAAACUGAGAGAGCAGUCGCUUUCUCAUCACAUCCUGGAUGGCCUUCACGAGAUCAGCCGCUGUGUGGCCAGUCAGAACUACCAGCGGGGCCUGGAGGUCCACACUCAGGUGGUCAGCAGCAGCAACUUCAGCGAGAUCUCUGCCUUCAUGCCUAUCCUGAAAGUAGUCAUCACUAUCGCCAACAAGCUGGGUGUCUAACACCUCGAGGACAGCACACACCCAUCUUCAGUGUUAUCAUAUUCUUCUGCGUGUAUUUAUUUCUUUAUGACCUGAUGAUGAGAAUAAUUACUGAUAAACUUCAGAAUGUGGUUCUCAUCCGACCAUAAAUGCUCCUUUUCUGAGACUGAUUGAGACAGUGGGGUGGUGUUAUUUUUGUGUUUGUGGAGGUCCAUCGAUGUUGCUGUGAUAAUUUUACUAAAUAUAAAAAAAAAGAAUGUAUUUUGAAAGUUAUGAUUUGGUGUAAAUUUAACAAAAAGUAAUUGGAGACAAAGCAAGUGUGGUUUGAAUCUAUGGCUGUGGUGGUGGUUCAUAAACCAUGUUACGUCUUACUCCCUUCUCACUGACAGCUGUACAAACGUUUUCAUUACAUACAUGCGGAACUCCAGAUGCUGAACUAUUACGUCCAGAGCUCACAUUUGUAAAAACAAUAAUAAAAAUUGGGUUACGAUCAGCUCUGUCAUUUUUUUUACUCUACAAACAACGUGUGUGUAUUUAUUCUGCAAGGUUUCACUAAAGCAUCGAGAUAAACAACACUGUAAAUGAGUGUCUGGGUGUGCUUCUGGUAUAGAGCAUGGUCAUCUGAUGAGAUGUUGGGAGUUUUGGGACAAAAUAUUGUAGAGGAUUGUAAUUGUGACAAGUUCUUAAAUAUACCCAUAUAAUUAUGUUGUACCUUAGCCUUGUAACAGUAGUUUCCCCUUUUGAGAUGUGCUUUAGUCUGCGUGUCUCACAUAACACGUAUGUUCAUUUAAUCUGGACUGUUAAAUUAUUCCUGCUCCCUUUUAUACGCCACUUCCUUUGCUCUUCUUUUCAUGCAGGCAGUGUUGUAUCCUUUGGGAACUUUUAAAAACUAGACUAGUUUUGGAAUAGAUGACUCAGAACUUUAAGGAUCCGACCAGCAGGAAAACCGGAUUUUUGUAGCUGGUUGUGGCAGCAGAAGGCAGGAGGGUGCCUCGGUGUGCCUGUUCUGGUUGCAAAGAUAUUUCUAAAAUCCAUGUUGCUACUUAUUUGAGUUUCUUUUUCAAAUAAAGUUUUAUCUUAAAAUA